AUGAAUGAUAAAAAAAAUCUUACAAAAGAUGAACUUGCAAAUUAUUUAAAAAAUUUAAAGAAUAAAGCACCUCCUAAACGUUCAAGUUUAAUAACGCCACCAAAAAGUCCAAUAACUUCAACUAGGAAAGUAGGAGGUUUGUAUGGUCCAAGGGUAUAUCCUUCUCCAAACAAGACCACUUCAAUUCUUACUCGUUCACUUAGUCAAAAAAUUGAAGAAAACAUCAAAACACCAUCUUCUCCUGAAUCAGUUUCCAGCUCUGCUGCUUAUUCGCCUCCUUCCUCUACACAACUAAACACCACAGAUUCUGCUUUAUCAGAAUCAAGUUUUCGAGCCAUCUCUGCUAAUGCUUCUAAUACAAAAAUAGAUGAUGGCACAAAAGGUAGUUAUGUUUUAUCUGCUGCAUUCAAGUCACAUACUGCUUCUUCCAAACCAGCAUCAAGGACCCCGUCAUUAAUUAAACAAACUCCAGAGCAAAUUCAAAGUGAAAUCAAUAAAAACAAAAAGAUAUACAACUCUACAAAAUUCCCUCAUUCAGAAAAAUCUGACGAGAAAAAUAUUUCAAAUUCAAACAAUACAAUUAAUAACAACAAUGGUAUUGCUAUUAAUAACAAUAGUAUCGAAAAUAAUCAAGAACAUAAACGUAAUUCAACACCAACUUCAAAAAUACAUCCAUCAAAUAAUCAACCUCUUGGUGACAAUAAUAACAAUAGUAGACUAUCAUCGUCUAUACAUAAUAUAGCAUCAUUAAAUUGUGGGGGUUGUGGUAAAUCAAUCACAGGGAAAGUUUUGUCGGCAAUGGGGAAAAAAUGGCAUCCAGAUCAUUUCACAUGUACAAAAUGUAAUACUUCUUUAGAACAUGUUGCUUUUUUUGAACAAGAUGGAUUGCCAUAUUGUCAUUUAGAUUUUCAUGAAUUGUUUAGUCCAAGAUGUGGUUAUUGUAAUACACCUAUUGAAGGGCAAUCUAUUACAGCACUUGGAAAAUCUUGGCAUGUAGGACAUUUCUUUUGUCGUGAAUGUGGCGGUCCAUUUGAAAGUGGUGGUUUCAUGGUGCAUGAUGGUUUUCCAUACUGUGAAAAAGAUUGGAUGAAAAAAUUUGCGCCAAAAUGUAAGGGUUGUCAAAACCCAAUCAAAGGAGAAUUUACAAAUGCAUUGGAUGGAAAGUGGCACCGUGAUUGUUUCGGUUGCAAGACUUGUAAACAACCAUUCAAUAGUUCAUAUUAUUAUAUUCACCAAGGACAACCUUAUUGUGAUGUACAUUAUAGAGAAAUGUUAAGCUGA